UUCCGGCCCUGCUUCUGCGGGGACACAAACUUCGUUGCUCUCUGGAGCAACCGAUCCGGGGAAGAAAGAAGAGAAGAAGGCGCAGGCGCUCGCUCGCAGGGGAAAAGGAAGGACUUGUUCCUCCACCCCCCCCCCAUACCCACCACUCCGGAACCAGGUGGGAGCACGAUCGGAUUGCGAGCAGCAGAGCCGACGUUUUUUCCCAGGAGUGGGAACCCGGCUUCUGCAGGGGCCGAGGCUGAGUCAGGGAGUCAGCCGGGCGACCACAGAACCCAAGACCGGGUGUUUUGUUUUUUGGCGCGACGCUCUGCGAACGGUGCAGCCGCGGCUGAAAAAAGCCGCGGCAGAAAAGCCGCGGCUGCAGCAAUAGGAGAAAAGGAGCGGCAAAGCCCUAUUUAGCGCCGGAACGCCAGCUCGAGGGAAGGUUUUUGGCGGGAAUGGCGGCAGAACCGAAAGCGACUGAGGGGAGGACGGUGGAAUUGUCCCUCAGUGGUAUGGAGUCUUCCAGCCCCCCUUUAUCACCCCACUUACCCCACAAGGGGGCGCUAGAUGCGGAACCUGACCUUUCUGGCCAACAAGCUAAGGCCAAUAUAUUGGCUUGGAUUAGGUCAGAAAUAAAGAAAAGUGUGGAGGGGGCUGUGAAAGACCUUAGGAAUCAGGCUGCAAUCCCCGGUUCAGAGGGAGCAGGACCAUCUAUUCCAAGUCGGAAGAGACAUGCCAAACCAUCCUUGGCCACUAAAUCAAAGAGAAAGAAGGUGGAGAGUUGGAUAGAGGGAGACUCCAGUGAGUCAGAGGAUUCACCUUCAGGUUCGGAUUUACAUGAGCAAUCCUCACAGAGUGAGGAGGGAGAGCUUUCUGAUGAGGAGGAGGAAGAUGUAGGUCAAAUGCAGACCAGGCUUUUUCCUCAAGAGGUAUACAACAAAUUGCUGGCUAAGGUCCUUAGGACACUUGAGAUCUCCCAGGCUCCUUCCGGGUCCCAAGAUUCUGAACAAGUGUAUCCACAGGGCUUAGAAAGGGCACUUCCAAAAAUGGGGCCCAAACAGUCAGGGGUGCCGCUUCCUGCUGCCUUUCACAGUGUCCUCAAGGCUGAAUGGGACAAUCCUGCGAAACCCAAAACUUAUCAUUCUGCCUUUAAUAAGUUUUACUCUUUGACUCCUGAUUCGGCAAAGCAGGUUAGGCUGCCUACUGUGGAUGAUCCUGUCUCGAUUCUCGCUACGUCAUCGAUUCUACCAAUGGAUGCAGAAGGUGUGCCAAAAGACCCGUCAGAUAAAAAGAUAGAGCAAGCUCUGCGCAGAAAUUAUGAAGCAUCAUCGGCAGCACUGAGAGCCUCGGCUACAGCGUCACUUUUUGCCAGAGCAGCAUACACAUGGGCUUCAGACCUGGCGGCUGCAGGGAGCGAGGUUCCCAAAGAUAUUAAAAAUGAAGCAAAGAAGAUUGCUCUUACCUCGGCCUUUGCAGCGGAUGCUACAUUGGAUGCCUUCCAAAUGUCGUCCAGGGCCAUGGGUUUUAACGUCACCGCCCGCCAUAACACAUGGCUUAGGAAUUGGGAUGUAGACCCGCAAGCACGUAGUAGAGUAGCAGCCAUUCCCUUCUCGGGGAGUAAGCUCUUUGGAGAGGCCUUGGAUAGGUACCUGGUGGAAGAUACUGAGAAGAAGAAGGUUCUACCGUCCAGGAAGAAAGAUGUGAAAUACAAAGGUCGACGGCCCUUUCGAGAUAACAAAAGGUUCUCGAGACCGGGGCCAGACAGAUCCUUUCGAAACCGUUGGCAAUCGAGACAAGGGAGUGACCGGCGGUCAUUCACCUUCAGAAAAUCACCCACACAGGCAAAAGGGCAAAAGAAAGGAGGUCAAGCAUGA